AGUACUCUCAGCAUGCGCAUUGCGUCGGUUCUCCAUGGAAAUGAAAAUAAUCAACAUGGCGCUUGUCGAGGUCAAUAUUUGUCCGCUGUUCGGGUGACAUCAGUGUGAUAUUGACAAUGGCGGAGCAAAGGGAGGGAGACUUAUCGAAUGAUGUGACGAAGAAUGAGGAAGAAAAUAAAUCUGGGGAAGACACAAAAAAUGCUACAGCUGCACAAAACAAAAUUGUAGAAGAGAAACCUGCAAUAGGUGAAAAAAAAGCUGCUGAUAAAUUCAGCGAUUCAGAGAAUGAAAAGUCUGAUUUACAACCUGCCAAAGAUGUAACACUUAGCACUCCAGAUUGUGGCAUACAGGAAGUGCAGACUGUUAAUAAAUUAGAUAUCAAACAGCAGAAAGAUGGAGCUACAGAGGAUGGGCGUGAAACCACUGCAACCAUAGCAACAAUGGAUGAUGUAAAUUCUCAGCAGUCCGGUGAUCAGAGUGAUAAAGAUACAGCUGAUGAAAGGACUAUAAAUGAUCAGGAAGAAGUAGUGUCACAGGAUGUUGUUAUUGCAGAGAUAGGAAAAGCAAAAAGUUGAUGUACAUGCCAAAAACUCAGGUGCUGAUGAUGGGGAUCAUAAUGACAAGACGAGUGACGUUACAGAUGAGUCUGGUCAGCCUGGGUUCUCAGAAGUGCCAAAUCAGCCUACGCUGGAACAGGAUCAAAGUUCGCAAAAUUCUUCCGAUGUAGGGAACAAUCUAGUAGUUAAUAAAAAAAGGAGGGACAUACCCAUGAGUGCCAAAAGUGUGACAUUUGCGGAGGAUAGUCAUGAGAAACGAGACAUUGUUGAGGAAGAAGAUGAAGACAAACAAUCUGUAGGUUACGAGAAAUACGUCUUAGAAGCUGAUAAAAAGGAACGAGAUGCUGAGCUUGAUACAAAUGACGAUAAGAAGGAACAAGACGCUGAGGGGGAUACCAAUAAUGAAGCACAAGUGGAUGAAAUAAAACCGGAAGUGCCAUCAACUGGGCUCUUCCAAACAGCUGUGAGUGAGGAGAAGAUUGAAGAAGCCAAACAGAGGAAUAUAUCUACAGUGGGCACAGAAGCUAUGGCAGUGGACUUGUGGGGACGAGAGCUGGUGCCAGCUGAAUCUAUGCAACAAGUCAUUGAGAACAGAGCCGCAGAACAUUAUGAAAAGGCACUUCAAUUACAAGAAAGGGGCAAACACUACAAAGCCAUUCUGUCUUUUGACAAAGCCAUUAACCUGCAAUCCCGGAAGGUAGAAUACUACAUCAACCGCGGUGAAUCUUAUCUUCAGGUUUGCGACUUCCAGUCGGCCAUUUUGAACUAUAAGAAAGCAUGCGUAUUGGACCCGGAAAAUGAUGAUCACUACAGCAAAUUGGCUUUCAUAUAUUUCUUUCAUGGUCAGACUCUCUUCGAUCAACAUAAAUUUUCUGAUGCGUUGGAAUCGUUUUCAAGAGCUGCUGAAAUGAAACCGGAGAUUGUGGGUUAUCACACAAGAAGUGUUGCUUGUUUGGCAGCGUUACAAAGACACGGAGAGUGCCUGGCCUUAGUAAAUAAAAGAUUAGAAGUGGAACGAGAAAAUCCAGAUCUAUAUAUUAUGAGAGCCAGAUUGCAUGAACUUUUCAGAAAUACUACACUAUGUUAUUACGACUUGAAGGACGCCUUACAACUUGAUCCAAACCAAGAGGAAGCNNNNAUCAUGAUGGGUAAAAUGGAAAUGAAAGCCAACGAGUAUAAAAAACAAGCCAUACAAAUGAACCUUGGUGGUAAAUAUAAAGAAUCAUUACAGAAGGUAUCCAUGGCGAUAGAAACUAACCCUACUGUGCCAGAAUACCAUGUAUUGAGAGGAGCACUUCACAGACGACUCCAGGACUUCAAUUCUGCUAUCGAUGACUAUCUACUGGCGUUGGAUAAAACUGACCACGAUGAGGAACAUCCCACGUACCAGGACGCACAGCGACAGUUAUUAUUAACUUACAACGACUUCGCUGUUGAGUGCUUCUCUAAAGAGUUUUACGAUGAGGCUAUUAUACUCCUGAACAAAGCGAUCAAGGGCGAGAAAAGAGAAAAAGGGUUGUACAUCAACAGAGGAGAUUGUUUCUUUCGCCAGAAUGCGUUACAGUUUGCGUUAGCUGAUUACCAUCAAGCCUUGGAAUUGGAUUCCUCUGAUUCCUGGAUCCGAGCUAGGAUUGCUAACAUCCACAAUGAAUUUGGACUGCAAGAUUACGAGGAACGCAGCUUUCAGGAAGCAGAGGCAAGGUUUACCGUCGCUAUUCAGCACAACCCACGAAUUGCUCAGUACUAUGUUUCCAGAUCCAAAGCCAGGUUUAUGAUGGAGAACCUUGGUGGAUCAAGAACCGAUUUAUUAAUGGGUCUCCAUCUGGAGCCUGGUAAUGAUGAGAUAAUGUCUCUUCUGCCACGACUCUUUCCUGGCAAGACAGUAGGGGAUGUUAUGAAGAGCAAAGCUGCCCGUGCCGCUAAACUUACUGUGGAGAAUGCUGUUGUAAUGGCGUCACCCGUCAAACUGCCAACAUUAGAAAGGACCAGUGAGGAUGGAGAUGAUGAGACAGAGCUUAAAGAUGAGAAAGGGGCGCCAUCCACUGCUGUGCCGUCUACAGCGUAUAGUUAUCAAACAACAUAUAAGCCAGGAUUCCCGGAUCUGAAAGCUUGUAUGGAUGAAAUGGAAUUCCAUCGACAUAUUGUUAAAGGAAAAAAAAGGAUAACUCAAAAGGUUAAGAAAAUGCUCUACGGUAGUAGCACGUUAAAAAAUGAUAGACCAAGACUUGCACCUCAGCCGCCUGCCCGACCCGUAGCUGUACGUGGUGGUGCACUCGGCUCCCAGGGCAUGGUGUCGGUUGUGAACAACGGUGCAAAACCACAACAGGCUGGAUGGCGGUCAUUUUCACUAGGAAUAUCACCCUCGUAGUACAAGCCACUUAAUUUCUGACUACUGAAAAUUAUUUAUUCAUGAGAAUAAAUGCAUACUACAUUUUUUUAGAGCCAAAAAAACAAACUUAUUGACUGUUAUAUACAAUUAUUUCUUUUGUUUUCAACUCCAUGCAGAUUUUUCGGCAAAUAGAUCUAAUAUCCACCUCUAUUUUCAAAGCAUGCAUACUCACAAAAUCCAGUCUGCAAUUCCACCUGAUCUACUAAGCAUGUUUUUUAUUUUUCACUCUCUCCUGGCGAGGAUGUGGGCAUAGCAAAGAAAGAAAGUUAAGAAACCCAUUUAAGCCUGUUCUUGUUUCUAUAGUUACCCUUUUAUUGGACUGCUAUAUAUAAAAUUCCGAUUUUUUUUUUAAUUUUUCAUAAAAUGGGAGCAGGUUGAAACAUAUGUCUUAACUUUUCUUUUUUUCGUGACAGGUAAAAAUACUUGGCAUGUAUACUGUAAGCUUAAUUUUCACUCCAAGGAAUUAUGCCAAUUUAAUGAUUUUAUUGCAUUUGACAAAAGUGGCUGAUGCUUUAUGUCAUAGGAUGUCC